GCGGAUUUCGAGCGUGUGUGUGUGGAGUGGGAGGGUGGUGGUUUAUUUUCUUUAUUUUCUUUUUGCCAGGCAGGCGGGCAGGAGGCCACUUUCAUUAGGCUACUAUUAUUUCUUUUUCUUCCUUCCUUCCUUUCCUCCUCCUCCUUCUGCCUCCUGCUCUCCGGGCCUGCAAUGAGAACUUAAGGACCGAGUGAGUGCGGGCGGGGGGCGGGCGCGCAUUUACGCUCGGAACAAGCGGCGAGAGACACCGCGAAAAGUCGAUCCCGCUGCGCUCCGCGGGUGCGAAGGGAGUCCCAUCCGGCUUGCCUGCUGCCUCUGGAAACCGGUUUGGCUCGCGUGUGGGUCGAGCGUCUCUAUGGAUUGGCGGAGAGAUCCACUCGAGUCCUGAAUUCCAAGUCCAGGAUUCCGGAAGGUGCUGCCGACCACAUUGGAGGAGCGGCGCCGGCCGCCAGCUUACUUUGACCAAAGAAAAAGAGGGAGGGAUGGCGGUGGGACGCCGCUACCAGGACAGCUGAUUCCCUAAGAAUUCUGCCUGGAUUUUGGAUUCACACCUCUUCCCACUAUGCCCCUCGUUGGCUUUUUGCUUUGGGCAACCUUACUAAUUGUAGGCUGGUGGCCAUCCUACUCCAAGGAUUACCUCUUUGCUACUCCAAGAGUGCAGCUCACUUUCAAAGAGCUCAAAGCCACCAGCACUGCCCAUUUCUUCAAUUUCCUGCUCAACUCAACUGAUUAUCGUAUUCUGCUGAAAGAUGAAGAUCAUGACCGCAUGUAUGUGGGGAGCAAAGACUACAUCCUCUCCCUGGAUCUUCACGAUAUCAACCGGGAGCCCCUGAUUAUCCACUGGCCUGCAUCUCAACAAAGGAUAGAAGAGUGCGUUCUUUCAGGGAAGAACAGUAAUGGCGAAUGUGGGAACUUCAUCCGCCUUAUCCAGCCCUGGAAUCGAACCCACUUGUAUGUUUGUGGCACUGGAGCAUACAAUCCUGUCUGUACCUUUGUCAAUCGAGGCCGUAAAGCACAGGCUUUUGAGCUGAACCAGUCCAUCCAGCAGGGAGGACGGGGAAGUAGAGCAGUUGACUCCUCCCUCCACCCGUCUCCAGUGGAACGCAAGGAUUACAUAUUCUACCUGGAACCAGAGAAGCUUGAGUCAGGAAAAGGAAAGUGCUCAUAUGACCCAAAGGUGGACACCGUAUCAGCAUUAAUAAAUGAAGAACUCUAUGCUGGUGUCUACAUUGACUUCAUGGGCACUGAUGCCGCCAUCUUCCGCACCAUGGGCAAGCAGACUGCCAUGAGGACUGACCAAUACAACUCCCGUUGGCUAAAUGACCCAGCAUUUGUCCAUGCACAGCUCAUUCCAGACAGCGCCGAGAGGAAUGAUGACAAGCUCUAUUUCUUCUUCCGAGAGAAAUCUACCGAUUCCCCACAGAGUCCUGUUGUCUACUCCCGCAUUGGUCGCAUUUGCCUGAAUGAUGAUGGAGGCCACUGCUGUCUGGUGAAUAAAUGGAGCACAUUCCUGAAAGCACGGCUCAUCUGCUCUGUGCCAGGACCUGAUGGGAUUGAAACACACUUUGAUGAACUCCAGGACGUCUUCAUCCAGCAGACCCAGGAUGUGAAGAACCCCAUAAUUUAUGCUGUUUUUGCUGCCUCUGGGUCUGUGUUUAAAGGAUCUGCUGUGUGUGUCUACUCCAUGGCUGACAUCCGCAUGGUCUUCAAUGGACCUUUUGCCCACAAGGAAGGCCCCAACUACCAGUGGAUGCCUUACACAGGCAAAAUGCCCUAUCCACGUCCAGGCACAUGCCCAGGGGGGACGUUCACACCCUUGAUGAAGUCAACCAAGGACUACCCAGAUGAAGUCAUCAACUUCAUGCGCACUCAUCCCAUGAUGUACAAUGGUGUGUACCCCAUACACCGCCAGCCGCUAGUGGUGAGGACCAACGUCAACUACAAGUUCACAACCAUUGCCGUGGACCAGGUGGAUGCAGCUGACGGGCGCUAUGAGGUGCUUUUCCUGGGCACAGAUCGUGGCACUGUCCAGAAAGUGAUAGUCCUGCCCAAAGAUGACAUGGAAACAGAAGAACUGAUGCUUGAAGAGGUGGAAGUGUUCAAGGUUCCAGCUCCCAUCAGGACGAUGACCAUAUCUUCCAAAAGGCAACAGCUGUACGUGUCCUCAGCCAUUGGCCUAACACACCUGGCUCUUCACCGCUGUGAUGUGUAUGGAGAAGCCUGCGCUGACUGCUGCCUGGCCAGGGACCCCUAUUGUGCCUGGGAUGGGAAGUCCUGCUCUCGCUAUUCUGCUUCCUCCAAGAGGCGGAGCAGGCGUCAGGAUGUCCGGCAUGGCAACCCCAUCCGUCAAUGUAGAGGUUACAAUUCUAAUGCCAGCAAGAACACUGUAGAGGCUGUCCAGUAUGGAGUGGAGGGAAGCACAGCCUUUCUGGAGUGCCAGCCUCGCUCCCCUCAGGCCACCAUCAAAUGGCUGCUCCAGAAGGACAACAGUGAUCGAAGGAAAGAGCUGCGCACUGAAGGAAGGGUGCUGAGGACAGAGCAGGGGCUGCUGUUGCGGUCCUUGCAGCUCUCGGAUGGGGGCCUCUAUUCCUGCACAGCCACAGAGAACAACUUCAAGCACACGGUGGCCAAAGUGCAGCUGCAUGUACUGAGCAGUGAAACGGUCCAUGCUGUGCUCUUCCAGUCAGAGGCCCCUGCCCCUUCUGCAGCAGCCAUGCGAGCCGGCCUGCCAGGCACUUUCAGCUCCCAUUACCAUGACCUGGUGCAGCUGCUCACCCAGCCUGAGAUGGGACUCAUCAACCAGUACUGCCAGGGCUAUUGGCGGCACGUGGCCUCCAACCAUAAGGAGACUCUGGCUGGUCUCAAAGCCAAGGAGCUGCAUGAUCAGAAAAAGCCUCGAAACCGCAGGAACCACCAACCAGAGAUGGAUCAGCACACAUGAAACUUGACAAGGGACUAUGAAAUGACAGUGCUAUAUUUCCCCCCUCCAUUUUAAUAUUAAAAUAUCUAUAAAUAUAUAUAUAUAAAUAUAUAUAUAUACACACACACAAACACACAGACAAACACACACACAAACACGCCCUGCUCCCCCUCAAGACAAUAUUUAUUUGUAGGUUGUACAUAAUAUGUGGGUGAUGCAGUCUCACCUCAGUGUGUGACAGCGAGGAGUUUGGAGGCGUCCCGCUGGCAGCUUGCUCUUCCUUCCCCCUUUUAUCUGCAGUACUGUAAAAUAGCUGACACUCUGGAGGAUCUCAGUGGGACACGGCAGUCUUGUGUGGAAUCUGGGGGUCCAGAAUGUUGGAGCAGAAGCCUUCAAGACUGGAUCAUCAUGGGCAAUUCUGAGAAUGUUGUGCUACUGUCACUGAAAACAUUUCUACCUGGUUAAAAAGGAGAAGAAAAUGUCUGUUGUCAGACACUAAGCAUACCUACCCUGAAGUGUAUAAAAGCCUCUGCUACACCUACAAAGACUUGAGCACUUUCUUCCCCUCUGUUCAUUUCUCUGCCUCAACGCAUUUUCUGGCAGAACACUGUUGCGUGUAAAGUACAAUGGAGGCUUCAUGUCUUGAGGAGUCUGAAUUAUUUAAGGCAGGAGGAAGUGCUUCACCGAGGGAUCUCCAUGCAUGGGUCCAUGCAGUGCUCCUACUGCUUUCAGAAGCAAAUUAAUCCCACCCAUAGGAACAAUGUUAUGAUUUGAUAAUGAUUCAGCUUGUGCUGUUUGGCUGAUGAUCUGCAAGAGAUAUUGUCUGUAAAAGUUGUGGUACAACCAAAAGAGCUGUUGGGAAGGUGGAUAUGGCUAUUCUCAUAGGCACCUGGCUUUUCUGAGCUAGUUUACUUGAAGGAUGUGAAGGCCUCAUCCAAGUGGGCUAUGCCAGGGAGACGUAAUGUAUAUAUGAACCAAAGCUACUCUCCCAUAGUGCAUGUGUCAGAGACUUCCAAGGCCAAAGACAGCAUGGGAUUGGAGGUGGCAGAGAGGGUUAGGCAUCAGUUGGCUUCUGCUCCGCUGACCAGUGCAGCAAUCGGCAUCCAACCUGGUUAUUUAUUAUUAUUUAAAUAAUAUUAAUUUGCCCGCUAGGAAUUCAGUUCCUCAGUUUGAUAACACCAGCCUACCCAGCCACACAAUGUGGAAGUUGGAAAGUCUGGUCCUGAGUAUUCCCAUCAGGAUUCCUGUGGAAUUGCCAUCAGUCCACAUGAGCAACUUUGAUGCGCUACAGGUUGGGUGGAGCAUCCUUUGCAAAAAGAGGGAAACGUCGAACUAUGAGUGAUCUUUCUGCUUAAUUUCAAGAUGGAUUCCACAUAUCAUGGGCUAAGUAAGGACUAGUAAACAUUCAGUGCAUGCAGUAUCCCCCAUGACAGAGAUCAUUACCUACCUACCUACCUCCCACCAUUUUGUUCUGAGAUAAACAAUGGUGAGUAGGCAAUUGUAUUACUAAGGUGGGCUUCAGGGUUUAUGGGUGUAAUUGGGAAUAUGACCAAUUAUUGUUCUAGGAAUUAAUCCCAUGUUAAAAAAAAAUACAGAGGGAGAGGUUGAGUCUUCCAUCAGGGCACAGAUUUCUGCGUGUGCAAUGAAGCAUUCUCUCCCUCUCGCUCCCCCCCCCCAAUUCUGUUCUAGGAGCUCCCCCAGCCCCCUGGAACAUAUUUGAGGAAGGCAUGGGGCAGACACAGGGGAAGGAGAAGAUGGAAAGUCCUGUUGCACACACAGAAAUCCUUGUGGGGAUAGGAUACGGUAGUUGAAUACCACCCAGAGCCAGGGGACAAUGAGAGAACUGAGAAGCACAGGAGAAAAAAAAUUGAAUCCACAGGAGGGGUGCGGGCAGGGCAGAGUUCUGUGCAUAUAUAUUAUAAUUUGGGCACCUUGGGAAUUCAUUAAUAUGAUCUGGCAUGCAGAGAAGAUGAUUAUGAUAAAACAUAUAAUCAGGUCUUAAUCUGAGCCAGGCUUGGUCAACCCAUGAACCUAUUUUGAAAGCCAGGAAUAUGAAAGGGUAGAAUAGAGUGUCUCUCAGCAUGGGCAGAAUGCAUGUUCCUCACCACUGAGUAUCUAUGCCCAGAAUUGGAGAGGGCUCCUGGGUCAAAGGGUGACUGAGAAAGGCUUGAGCCCACCUCAGCUUGUCUGGUUAUAACAAAAUCUAUUGAAUGACCUUUUUCUGCCUCCCCCUUCAUUUUUUUUAAGGCAUUGGCAUUUCCUAAAUAUGUGACUGUGCCUUCCACCUUAGGUUUUGCUGUUGCAGAGGGGGUUUAGUUCUCUUGUUUCUUGGAUGCCUCUUUCAGACUGGUGUGGUUAUGGCUUUUAGGUUCAAUGCCUCCAAAGAAUUAGAAUCAAAUUCUGAGUUCGGAUUAAUCCACAUUGCUAAUGCCUGCGGAAUUAAACCGAUUUACAUCUGCUAGAUAUCAGCACUUUGAUCUCCUAUUGUAGUGACCUGUUUGCUGAUGCAAGGAACAGGUCAGGUAGUUUACGGGGAUUGCAGUCACGGAGGGUAGCAAAUAACAUGCCCAAGACAUAUUGGCAAAGAACGUGCCCAAGACUGUUGCAUCACUCUACAUGUGUAGCCUAGGUGUGCUAGGAUGGACAAUAGGUUAUUUCUUGGACUUCUCACUUCUGUCUGCAGAGUAGAGGACAGUCUCGAUGGAGUAGACCAGAAGCCUGCACUGUGCGCCCUUUGGUCUCUGGUGCUGUGCCUCCUGCUGUUAACAAAGAGAGCUCACCAUUCACAUUUGGAAAGCCUGAGCCCACUUCUUUGUACACACAAAAUCCUUGCAGGCACACCCCCUUUCCCUUGCAAUCUGAGUGAUACGCGUGUACUUUCUCUUGUAAAUAAUUGUAAAUCAAAAAUGUAACAAAAACUGGGGAUCUGGAGAUUUUGAUUAGUAGCUCCUUGUGAUGAAUUCAAGCACAGAGCCAUUUCGCACCUGUAAUGUGAAAUUCCUGUGGAUAGAACAAGCUAAUAAACACUGGCUUUGUUUUUGAAAA